CAGAGCACAGCGCUGGAGACGAGGACGCUGUUCCCCAUGUCUUUUUGCUGCGGUGGAGAAGAGCCACACACCAAGGACCAUCUCAAUUUCACACGGAGUGGAGUCAACUUAAAUACAUAUUCAUCGUAUUAUCCUAAUUCAAUUUUUAAUAACUACGACAAUUCUCAAUUUUCUGUGUGUGAGUUGCGCCUUCAGUGAUCAUUCCAUUAUUUGACCAUUCUAAUUUAGCUGUGCCAAAUGAAUCAGAAGAAUGGCAAUGAUGAAGAAAGUUUAAAUUGAAAGACAUCAACACACACCAAGAUUAUCUCUAACCAUUUACUCAAUCAGUUGUUAGUGGUUGAGUGUACAUGUCAUAGGUAUUGCAUGGACCAACAUUAUUUUUGUCACAAAAAAAAGAUAACACCAAAAUGGAUCCCUUGUUCACCACGACUGAUUUGCCAUUGCUAAGCAAUUGGACCAACGCUUCAGGGCUCAAUGGAACUGAUCUAGACGGAAACCAGUUUGUGCAACCAGUUUGGAGAAUUGUUCUAUGGGCUUUCGCCUACAGUUGCAUGGUUACUGUGUCUCUGGUGGGGAACGUCGUAGUAAUAUGGAUCAUUAUGGCGCAUAAACGAAUGAGAACUGUGACCAACUAUUUUCUGUUGAACCUGGCGUUUGCAGAGGCGUCUAUGUCAGCCUUCAACACCGUUAUCAACUUCGUCUAUUCCGUCCACAACGAGUGGUACUUCGGGCUGAUGUACUGCCGCUUUCACAACUUCUUCCCCGUCGCUGCUGUCUUCGCUAGUAUCUACUCUAUGACUGCGAUAGCGGUGGACAGGUACAUGGCCAUCAUCCACCCCUUGCAGCAGCGUAUGUCGUCCACAGAGACCAAGGUGAUCGUGGGAGUGAUCUGGGUGCUGGCUCUGCUCCUGGCCUUCCCUCAGUACUACUACUCAGUGACAGAAGAGCUGCCUGGACGAAUCAUCUGCUACAUCGAGUGGCCUGAAUACUCUGGCUUCGACUACAGAAUUAUGUACUACAUGUGCGUGACAGUGCUGAUCUACUUCCUGCCUCUACUGGUGAUGGGCUGUGCCUAUCUGGUGGUGGGCCUCACUCUCUGGGCCAGUAACAUACCUGGAGACUCCUCUGACCGCUACAAAGAGCAGCUCACUGCCAAACGCAAGGUGGUGAAGAUGAUGAUCGUGGUGGUGUGCACGUUUGCUAUCUGCUGGCUGCCCUACCACGUGUACUUCCUGCUCCAUCUGUUCUUCCCCCUCCUGUUUGAGACGCUCUACAUCCAACAAGUCUACCUGGCUGUCAUGUGGCUGGCCAUGAGCUCCACCAUGUACAACCCAAUCAUCUACUGCUGUCUCAACGACAGGUUCCGAGCUGGCUUCAAGCAGGCGUUCCGAUGCUGUCCCUGUGUUCCCGCUGGCUCUUACGAGGGUCUGGAGCUCAAGUCCACACGUUACCUACAGACCCAGACCAGCAUGUAUAAGACCAGUCGCAUGGAGACCGCUGUGUCCGCCGUGCCGCACGUGGUCGACGACGUGGAGCCUCCCAGGUUCGGGGCCCUAUCUGGGGCCGGGUGUGAGGCCGGGGCGCGGGGGGUUGGCGUAGGGGGCGUGGGGUUGUGUGCGGCGGCACCCAGGCGCUCCUCUCUGGACCUGACUUCCAAUGGCUCUUCGUCCCGCAGCAUCUCCAAGACCGUUUCGGAGACCUCCAGCUUCUACAACAACCUGCCUGAGUAGGGAGGGGAGAGUAGAGUCAAGCACCGCUGAACACUCUCUCACAAUAUCUGCCAAUGGGGACCGUGUGCAUGUGUGUUUGUGUGUGUGUGGCCGUGAACGUGUUUGUGUGUGAGUGUACAUUUGAGUUGGUGUGUGGGUUCCGUCCAUGUAUGUGGAUGAUGUCCUUUCAUUGAAUGUUGGGCAUCAAGUCUACCGCCUGUGACUAAGGCUUGGUUUGGUUCCCCUUCAGAGGGCUUUCCAGUGUGCCCUGAUUCAAACUAAACAGGAGUCAGUAGACACUAAGGCCAUAAGGCAUACCUAGCCCACACUACCUGGUACCUGCUGUACACGAGUUAGCUGAGAACGUCACGAAAACGAUGCACACGCUUCAAUGGGGCAGAAAGCCGUGUGUUGUUGGGAUUCUGGAUGGCCAGGUAGCUAGCAACAAUGACAAGUGGGGAAUCGUGAGUGGCUCGUUUCAGCUAGUUUUACCUUGUUUUUUGAGGUUUUUGACUGCUGUCACAUCUAUGCUAAAAUGGCUCAAAUUAGCCUGCUAGCUAACCAAGAAAUGUAAGGAUGUAUUUCAGAGACAACAUGUACUCAUUGUGCAACUUUAUUUAUGUUUUCAAUAAACAUUGGAGACAAAAUGUAGUUUACAUGUUGUCAGAAAUUUAAACCAACCCUGUCUGUUUUGCCCCAUAGUUGCACACGUGUCGGUUUUGUUGCUAAACAGCCAACCCGUCUAUAGCCCGCAGAGCUAAAGGCUGGGUUCAAGACUGGGUCACAAGACUUGAUCAAUACAGAAAACAAGCUUAAUACAGGACCCAGCCCUAACUGAACUCUAGAACCUUUACACUGUCCGCAAAGCUUCAAUUAACAGAAUCUACCUAAAACUUACCUAGCAUAUUAUCAGUUGCUUCUAAUGCUCAUAUUACCACCAGUACUUCUGAAUGAUGCAUUAGUGUGUGAUUGCUGGGAGAACAGUCAGUUCUCAUGAACAUGUUUAUGAUAAGCUUGGUAUUCCGGUUGCAUAGCCUAAGACCCUGAAAUGAAGCCCGGGGUUAACAAGCCAGCACUCCAUGGGAAACUAGACUACUGGGAAACUAAAUUAGACUACUGGGGCUGAUGUGUGUUUAGCUGGUGGCCUUUUCAGCAUGACUUCAGUGGAAUAAUGUGGGAUAGACCUGAACAGAGUGUACUUCAGCUGUGUACUUCACAGGACAUCAGACAGUGGAGAAGUGUAGUGUGAUUACAUAAACAAAGAGAAACUGCACUGCCAGGCUUUUGUUAGUUCUUGUAACUAGCGAUGGGAACAUGGGUUUGGAUACUUAGCAUAA